CCGGCGCCGUGUCUGAGCGCUCCGCACCGCCCGGCUCCGCUCCGCUCGGCUCUGUACGGCUCGGCACGGCACGGCUCGGCUCGGCCGCUCCCGGGGCGCGCCCGCGGCGGCGCCAGCUCCCCGGAGAGGCGGGCCUGCUCUUCGGCUUAAAAUAGCAUUUAAUUUUUUAAAUUUUUAAUUUUUUUUUAAUCUGUUUUUUGUGGUGAUCGGUGCGGGCAGCAUGGGGCUGCCGGCGCUGGAGUUCAGCGAGUGCUGCCUGGACAGCCCUCAGUUCCGGGAGCGGCUCCGCUCCCACGAGGCCGAGCUGGAGAAGACCAACAAGUUCAUCAAAGAGCUCAUCAAGGACGGGAAGUCGCUCGUCGCCGCCCUCAAAAACCUGUCGGCGGCCAAGCGCAAGUUUGCGGACUCCCUGAACGAAUUUAAAUUCCACUGCAUCGGCGACGCCGAAACGGAUGACGAGAUCUGCAUAGCCAAGUCUCUGCAGGAGUUCGCCACGGUGCUGCGGAACCUGGAGGACGAGCGGAUGCGCAUGAUCGAGAACGCCAGCGAGGUGCUGAUCACGCCGCUGGAGAAGUUUCGCAAGGAGCAGAUUGGGGCCGCUAAGGACGCCAAAAAGAAAUACGACAAGGAGACAGAGAAGUAUUGUGGUGUCCUAGAAAAGCACUUAAACUUGUCUUCUAAGAAGAAAGAAUCCCAGCUUCAGGAGGCAGACAGCCAGGUGGACCUGGUUCGGCAGCAUUUCUACGAAGUCUCCCUGGAGUAUGUCUUCAAGGUGCAAGAGGUCCAGGAGAGGAAGAUGUUUGAGUUUGUGGAACCUCUGCUGGCCUUUCUGCAGGGGCUUUUCACCUUCUACCACCACGGCUACGAGCUUGCAAAGGACUUCAGCGAUUUCAAGACAGAGCUGACAAUCAGCAUCCAGAACACAAGAAAUCGUUUUGAAGGAACGAGGUCAGAGGCUGAAUCUUUGAUGAAGAAGAUGAAGGAGAACCCUCAUGAGCACAAAAACAUCAGCCCUUACACGAUGGAGGGUUAUCUCUAUGUGCAGGAGAAACGUCACUUUGGGACCUCGUGGGUGAAGCAUUACUGCACGUACCAGAGGGAGUCGAAGCGGAUAACGAUGGUGCCAUUUGACCAGAAAUCUGGAGGAAAAGGGGGAGAAGAUGAAGCUGUUAUCCUCAAAUCUUGCACACGGCGGAAAACCGACUCAAUCGAGAAGAGGUUUUGCUUUGAUGUGGAAGCUGUGGAUCGGCCCGGCGUGAUCACCAUGCAGGCGCUUUCAGAAGAGGAUCGAAGGCUCUGGAUGGAGGCGAUGGAUGGCCGGGAACCGGUCUACAACUCGAACAAGGACAACCAGAGCGAAGGCACUGCCCAGUUGGAUGAUAUCGGCUUCAGCAUUAUCAAGAAAUGCAUACAUGCUGUCGAAACAAGAGGGAUCAAUGAGCAAGGGCUCUACCGAAUUGUUGGAGUAAACUCUAGAGUUCAAAAGCUGCUGAGUAUAUUGAUGGAUCCCAAAACAGCCACUGAAACAGAAACAGAGAUCUGUGCAGAGUGGGAGAUAAAGACCAUUACUAGUGCACUGAAAACCUACCUGAGAAUGCUUCCGGGGCCGCUCAUGAUGUACCAGUUUCAAAGGAGCUUCAUCAAAGCAGCAAAACUGGAGAAUCAGGAGUCGAGAGUGUCGGAGAUCCACAGCCUCGUUCAUCGGCUCCCGGAGAAAAACAGGCAGAUGCUGCACUUGCUCAUGAACCACUUGGCAAAAGUUGCAAAUAAUCACAAGCAGAACCUGAUGACUGUUGCUAAUCUGGGUGUGGUAUUUGGGCCAACACUGCUUCGACCUCAAGAGGAAACAGUUGCUGCCAUUAUGGACAUCAAAUUUCAGAACAUUGUGAUUGAAAUUUUAAUAGAGAACCAUGAGAAGAUAUUUAACACGGUGCCAGAGACUCCGCCAUCGAACUCGCAGCUGCUCUUGUCUCGCAAGAAGAGCACGGACUCGAAGCCUCCCUCCUGCAGCGAGAGACCGCUGACGCUUUUCCACACCGCACAGCCCAACGAGAAGCAGGAGAACAGGAACAGUAUCAUCAACUCCAGCCUGGAAUCCGUCAUCUCGUCAAAUGUAAACAGCUUCCUCAACUCCAACAGCGCUCCCCAGCCCAACCUGAACUCAAGUGAUCUUGAACUAGAAGUAAUUAAACCCAACAGGCCAAAUUCACUGAAGAGCCCCUCGCAAAGUCCUCCAGAGUAAGAAGAAGGAAAAAAAAAAGGUCCAGAUGACAUUUGCUGUCUGCAGGCAGAACUGAAAGCAGGCAGCAGCCAACAUUUCCCCAAAGCCUCUCACCACCUCUACUCUUUCCAUGAGAAACAGAAAGGAAAUUGGAUCCUACAAGAAAACCGUUUUCCAAAUUGCAGAGACCUCGGAAUAGCCUGUUCACUCGCGUGCACUGACUUCUCCAGCAAGACAGGACUUGCAGUCACAUAAGCACAGAAAGGUGAUACGCAAGCAGCAUCUUGAAAAUAAAUACCUGUAUUUCACGGAAGGGAGGUGAACCGUUCGUGCACAUCGUAGUCCCACAGUCUGUAGGUGCUGGCAGGGCAGCUCAGGCGGGUUCCUGAACCAUCCAUCUGUUCUUCUUGAGGAAAUGUGCUGGAACGCCUUGCAGAGCAGGACCACGGGGCUGCGCAGGGAAGUUCCGUCACCCUAGGACCACGUUCAUCUCUUCUGUGAGCAAUCUGAUUGCAACAGGAUGGCUCUCGUACUUAAAAAUCCACAUGCUGUCAUUAGUUCAUAGUUCUCUCAGUUGGUUUGGUGGGCACAGAGACUGUUUUCUUUGCCACCAAGGAUGCAAAGACACCAAAAUCCUGCUCCAAAUUAUUGAUAGCUUCUUAGGUAGAGGCUGGCCCCAGUGCCAGUUCUUGCUGUAAGGCUUUUUUGCCACAAGAUCGCAGAAAUAACUCUCUUGUCUGAGAAUCGUAUUGAUUGCAUUACGCACUGUAAUUAGUGUAGCAGACUGCGCAGUUGGUGGAGCGAUGACAGAGUCAACUUUACGAGUAGCGAGAGCUGCAUUCUUUUAAAAUGAUUUCAUCUCAAAAAGCGCAUUGGGAAUUUUUAGUCCCGUAACCCCAUGCAGUCGGAUAUUCCUUCCAUUGCGCAGUGAGGAGGACCGGGGUCGGUACCAGCAGCAGUGGCCAUCCUGCGCUGCAGGCACACCAUCGCUGGCACAUGCAGCGAGAUGUCCUCUUGCACCCAGAGCCCACUGCCCACAGAGGCGUGGGAGCUACGGCGGGAGGGCUGGCAGGUGUGGGUGGCCACUCCCAGCCAUUUCGGUCACCAGUUCAUCACCCCCUCCAAGGCCCACGUUGAGCUUGGCCAAGCUCCUCUUUGAGAAGGGCAUUGCUGUGCCACUUGUGUGCCCUCUUCUACCCCAGCGUGGGGCCUUUGCGGUCCACAAGAGACUGCUGCCCACUGGGUUUGUAACCAGCAAGAAGAUGGGCUGGUGGCUAGAGCUGUCUAAGCUGUCUUAGGUCUCAUCCCACGCUACAGAUGGUUCAGUGGAAAGGAACCUCGCUGGAGGACGGGAGGUCUGCUUCCCAAGGUCCUUGCCUCUAGAAAAUCCAUGACCGGAGCAGGUAGCUUGCAUUUGCUGCAGAGCUUUUUGAGGUCACCAGGAUGGAGGAGUCUACGUGAAUGGUGAGAGGCCAUGGUAAGACGAAAGGCACACCUAGCAGGUCCUCUGCCUUCCAGGUGAUAAACCCACGCACUCAUAUUCCAUUUGCCAUGCAGACGUUUACCGUCUUGGAGGCUCGCUGUAGUAGCUUACGUGUAUAGAGCCAGAGACCGUUGCAUACGCGUAUUACAACAACAGGCUUUGGCUUCCAACAUACCGGUGCCUCUGCAGUACUAACAGUGAAGGAAAUGUUCUUGUUCCUGCUGCCCAGAGGAGAGCUCUCUCUGUGUCUUCAAAUGCAUCUAGCAUGCUCUCUCCAUUAGAGGGCAGAAGCAUGCUUAGGCACAGAAAAAAACCCCAAAAUUACCUGCCCUGUGUGCUAUAUAGCUUGUUGUGUAAAGGGAAGAUAGGAGUCAUCACGAAUGACCUGACAACUACACCUGCUAGAAAGAAAAAGAAGAAGCAAGAACUGGUGCUUCAAGGGUUAAUGGCUGCGAUUUGGGCUAACUUGGUGGUCUCUGUAGCACCUCCUUCUGUUCAAAGUUGGAAAUAAAUUUAAUAUAUGGUAAGUACCAAUGUCAAACAGAUUUGUUAAAAGCUAAGUAAUACAGGUAAUUACCCAUUUUUCAAAAGACUGACAAUUUUGAUACUAGAAAAAUGAAAAAAGAUUGUUUUUAAAUAGUGACGAUUAUUAGAACAUUUUGAGGAUUUCUGUUAAUAGUCUGCCUGUGAACAUUCCCUGUUUUACAGCCCUCCUCUGAAAGUUGUGAUGCACUGCUGUAUCUCAUUUCUAUAUGCAUGUAAUCCUCUGACGUAAUAAAGGUAUUGCCCAUAAUUACAAA